CAGGCACCAACUCAAUUCACCUUCAAGAUCGCUCAGAUCCCGCGUAUGCGAUUAGGAGGUUUUUCAUCGAACCUAUCAUGUUGAUUCUUUGUGUCGGAGAUCCGUCUUAUCUGACGAGUGAUGACUCCGACGUGCCGCAACUAGCUAGGUAUUAUUGCAGAACGCGGAGCUGGAUUGCGUAUACUCAUCGGCUGGCGCGUCCUUGCAAAUUCUAGAGCUCGCUAACCUUCGUACAUAACCAGAGGUGUUCGGCUAAUUAAGUGGCAUCAGUUUUAUCAUGGUGGAAAUGUCUAUGGUGCAAUUUCGAUAGUUCUAUCGAAUUCUUGUUUAUCAUCCUUGGUUCAUACGUUAUCAGUCUGGUAAUCAUGGCACGGGUGUGUCCAACGGAUAGCACGUUUGGCCCGACAGUCGGUGAUCAUUGUCGUGGCUCCUUCGACUUCACCUUGCUCUUCGAAGACAGCAUCUUCGCGCUUCUCCCACAAUGUUUCUUUCUCCUCCUUGCACCGAUACGUUACAGUACUCUCCGGCUGCGUCGAGAAAGACUUACGAAGCACUCCCGCCUUGGAACUCUCAAAGUCGUCGCUACCUUCAUCUACGCGGCGUCAAGCACGGCGCUGCUUGUGCUUUGGAGCGAAGCAAGGUUCCGAACCCGAGAAACAGUUGCGGCGGCGGUGUUUGAGCUCCUGGGAUCUUUGACUGUGAUUGCGCUGUCACGGUUAGAACAUACGCGAGCCGUGCGACCUAGCCAUUUAUUGCAGUUAUUCUUGCUAGUUCUGUUGGCCACCGAUGCAGUUAGGCUUCGAACGCUGUUCUUGAUGAAAUACGAAUCGUCGUUAGUGUCGGUUGCUUCUGUCCAUACCUUCUUGACGGCCAUGCUGCUCCUUCUAGAGUCUCUAGACAAGUCGGAGCUCCUGUCUGACACUUUUACGAGGCUCUCUCCUGAGGAUACUAUAGGCUUGUUUGCUCAGAAGCUGUUUUGGCACUUGAACGGCCUCUUUCGCGCUGGAUAUCGACAGAUCCUCGAGCCCGAUGAUCUGUUUUCGCUGGAUGGGGACUUGACUGCCGAGAGUCUCCAAGUCUCGUUCCGAGAAUCAUGGGCCAAAACGAGAAACAAGGAGAAGCGGCUGUCUCUGCUAUGGACGAUUGUCAAAGUCAUCCCUGCGGAUAUCGUCAUUCCCGUCAUACCUAUGCUCCUGCAGAUAGGGAUGACGAUAUCGCAGACGUUCUUGAUCCCGGCUAUCACAAAAUACGUACAAACUCCCGACAGCGAAACGACAAGAAAUACCGGUUAUGGACUCCUCGCUGCUUUUUCGUUGGAUUAUAUGUUCCUUGCGAUCUUCUCCGCCUGGCAUUUGCAAGCGCUGGCACGAUUCAAGGCAAAAAUAAGAGGAGGACUCAUUUCGCUGCUAUACGGCAAGACGCUAGAAAUUUCACCCAAAGACGUCAACAUGGGCUCAGCGACAAUUCUUAUGAAUGUGGAUGUCGAAAAGGUUGUUGAAGGGCUCCCAAGAUUCCACGAAUUCUGGUCAGCCGCUGUACAGAGUGGAAUUGCGUCCUAUAUUCUCUACCAUCAGCUUGGAAUUGCCUUCCUGGGAGCGUUGGUCUCCAUCUUCUCAGCGGCUUUCAUUUGUUCAAUUCUGGGAAGUAGAAUUCGACCACGUCAACUCAACUACGUGGGGAUGACCGAGAAAAGAGUGAAAUCCGUCUCAGAUAUGGUGGCUUCGGUAAAAGGAAUCCGAAUGCUGGGCCUGACCAGCGUCUUCGAGAAUAGGUUGACCGACCUGCGGGAGACCGAAGUCAAAAAGUCGAACUAUUCAUUCCAUCUACUUUCCAUUAUCAUCGCCAUUGCAAACUUCAUCUUUCCGUUGGCGGCUCUCGCUACUUAUGCCCUAUUUGCAGGAAUAGACAUGUCGAAAGGUUCUAUACUCGACUUUUCUCGGCUCUUUUCCUCUCUAUCAGCCUUGAAGCUUAUCACAACCCCUCUCCUACCUGCUCUACAGAGCAUAGCUACUUUCCAGAAUGCGUUUUCUUCUUUGGAGCGGAUCCAUAGGUAUCUCGUUUCUGAGAAUCAUGGCAAAACCAGCGAAAACCACAACAUCCAGGGACUUGAUGGACGCUCUAGUUAUUGCCUACAGGCCAUGCCACAUUAUUCCGAUACAGUGGCGAUAUGCCUUCGAAACGCGACGAUCGGCAUUGACACGGACAAGCCGAUUAUCCGAAAUGCCAAUCUCGAAAUCCCGUCUCAUGCGUUAACCAUCAUCAUUGGCCAGGUCGCUAGUGGGAAAUCGGUUUUUCUACGAUGUUUGGCACGGGAAAUAGAACUUUUGGAUGGGACAAUGAGCCGCAGCCAGGAUUCAGUGGCAUUUUGUUCCCAAACUCCUUGGCUGCGAAAUCAAACAUUACGAGAAAAUAUCAUUGGCGAGAGUGACUUCUCCUCCACCUGGUACAACCAAGUUGUAUAUGCUUGCGGCUUGCAAGAAGACUUCGUGGACAUGUCUCAGGGGGACCUGACCGUUGUCGGUUCAAAAGGGAUCGCACUUAGCGGCGGACAGAAGAACCGCAUGUCUUUGGCACGAGCGGUCUAUUCAAGACAAGCGGUACUUAUUAUUGAUGACGUACUAUCCGGUUUAGACUCAACGACAGAGAGACUUGUGUUCCAUCGAGUGUUCGGGAAACAGGGACUUCUUCGGAAAUCAAACUCGACAGUCGUACUCGCAACGCAUUCCUUGAAAUGGGUUCAAGAGGCGGACUUAUUAGUUAUACUCCAGUCGGGAAAUAUCGUCGAAUCGGAUACACCAGAGAGGCUGAUCGAGAGUUCGGAGCUUUUCAAGGAUCUGAUCAAUGACCAAUCAUCAGAGACUUCUUCAGAUAAUGGUGUGGAUGAAAAUGAAGAUCAAACGCCAGUGAGCUUGGUUAAGGCUACUCCGGCAAAGAAUUCUCCUUUGGAUGACUACGUAAUUGACGACGAUCGGAGGUCCGGGGACAAAGCUGCGUUCAAAUAUUACCUCUCUGCUAUUGGAUUAAAGCAUUGUAUCAUCUUCUUCUCGGUCAUGGUGCUGGAAAGUGGGAUGACCUUCUCUCAAUUUCUAUGGCUAAAGCUUUGGGCUUCUUUUAAUGACCAAAGCCUGGAAGUGAUGUAUCGACACCUCACCAUAUUCAUCGUGAUAUCCGUGCUGGCCAUUGCCUUUAUCAGUAUAUGGAUAGCCCACUUCUCAUUCGGCAUCAUACCUUCGGCUAGUCGAGUGCUACAUGCACGCCAACUGAAAGCACUGCUCUACGCAUCAUUUCCCUUCAUAGUCUCCACCGACAUUGGCAACAUCACCAACCGGUUCUCACAAGACAUCGCACUGGUUGACAGAAAUCUUCCGUAUGCCUUCAUUAACACCACCGGAGAGAUUCUCAAUUGCGCUCUUUAUUUCGGACUGGUCGUUGUUGCGACCCCUCCAAUCGCGGCGCUGGUGCCAUUCCUGCUCGGAAUCUCUUGGGUUAUCCAGCGAGUUUACCUACGGACGAGCCGGCAAAUGCGGCUCAUGGACUUGGAAGCGAAAGCACCGCUGUGCACCCAUUUCUUGGAGACGCUGGCUGGGAUUAGCACGGUGCGAGCGUUCGGGUGGUCGGAAUCAUAUGAUCGGCAGAACAUGGAGUUGCUAAACCUGUCGCAGCGUCCAUUCUAUCUGUUGGCAGCCAUUCAGAAUUGGCUUCAUCUGGUUCUUCAAUUGAUGGUUGCAGGCAUCGUCAUCGUAACAGUCGGCUUGGCCAUCCCAUUGAAGAAUAAGCUUGAUGCUGGAUUCCUCGGCCUGGCUCUUGUCGGAACGAUGGAUUUGGGGAUAAUGAUUAAAGUCUUGGUGACGAGUUGGACGGACCUGGAGACGUCACUCAGUGCAAUUACUCGCAUCCGGAAGUUUGCGACGAACACUCCACAGGAGAACUCAUUUGGUCCCCAAAGCAUCCCAGUGCCUACAUCGCCCUCAAAGGUUCCAUUAGAGACGAUUGAGGGGCAUGGAAACCCGAUCAUGUCUGGCUGCAUCAACUUCCAAGAUUUCGCCGCUGGCUACUCUCUCACUCCUCACACCCCGUCUGUCCUACAGUCUAUCAACCUCACUAUCAACUCUGGCGAGCGCAUUGCCGUGGUUGGCCGAACCGGCUCCGGAAAAUCCAGUCUCGUCGCGAGCAUAUUCGGACUUCUCAACAUUCGAACCGGGUCAAUUUCCAUUGACGGGCUGAACCUCGGUGCCGCUAGCGGUCUGUCCUGGACCCAAGUCCGCGAGUCCGUCGUUGCGCUGCCCCAAGAGCCCGUUUUCAUCGGCGAAUCGGUGCUGGCUCAUGUUGAUCUCCUGGGGACACUUCGGGAUAUUGCAGGCUACUCGAGCGCAGUGUCAUUGUUAGACCUCUCCAUGGAUACCGUGGAGGCAGUCCUCUCUCACGGGCAGCGCGCUCUACUCGCGCUGGCCAGGGCGCUUGUCCAGGCUCGGCUGCGCAACGCCAAGAUCAUGGUUCUCGAUGAGGCGACCUCGUCGGUCGAUGCGGAGACGGAGAAGCGCAUGCUCACGGUGUGUGAUGAGGAGCUGUUCAGGCACCGUCCCACGGUGAUCGCGAUCGCUCAUCGACUGGAAACCGUGAUGAAGUUUGAUAGGAUUGUGGUCAUGGAUGCGGGGAAGAUUGUGGAGGUCGGCUCCCCGGGAGAGUUAAUGCGGAAAGAUGGUGGACGGUUCCGGGGACUUGUUGAGACGGAGAAUUGA